GCGGCAGCGGGGCCGAAACGCGCUUGGGUCCCGGCAGGGAGCGGGGCCGAGCCGCCCGCGCACCCCUGCCCCGCUCCUUUCAUGGCUCAGGAGCCUCGGGGCUGCCUGGGUAGCAGACUCUGCCUUCUCUUGCGUUUUAUGUUUGCCUCCUUGUUGUUUUAUUUAGGUGCCGGUAUUUUGCUAUUUUUCAUUGUACCUGGUUGAUUACUGACAGAGUCCUCCCGAAAAUCUUGAUGUUCGCAGGUUGCAUAUGUCCUUUUGUUGAUUGUUCUGAGGUGAAAUGCGUUGGUCUUUCUGAUUUCACCAUGUGCUCCUUGUCACCCUUUUUGCUUUUUUCUCUAGGCUCUUCCUAAAUGCCUUUUUUAGGGAAUACAUCUGCCUGCAAGAUGCAGGCAUGCAGAUUUUUGCUGCUUUGUAACUUUCCUAGCUCAUCCUGCAUAUUUUUCCUCACAAUUCCGGUUUACUUUUCUGAUCACCACAGCUAGAACAGAGCUGAGGUCCUCAGACCUAAAUGUGAACGGGUUUUAGGCAGGGACUAGACUUGCUUUUUCUCAUGCAUGCCGCCCUCUCAAAUGCACAUUUGCAGUGAAGCCUUCCAGGUUCCAGCCUGUGAGGGCUAAAGAAGGCAAUAGGAGGAGGCACAGCCUUCUUGCAGAGGGGCGAGGAAUUACUGGGAGCUCAGGAUGUUGGAAAUGGAGUUCAGCUCAAGGUUUACUAUCAUGUGUUUUGCCUUAAGACCAAACCAGCAGUGCAGACUAAAAGAAAUUGGGAACAUAGGUACACAGUUUUUGUGAAUUACAAGCUUCCCUGUUUGGUGGGAAAGAGAAAUCACAGUUCAGGAGGAAAGUUGGACUUGUCAAUGUAGUAGUUCAUGACAAAACUUCUUUCUUCUCAGAGCGAGGGAAUCUAGUCCAGAGGAAAAGUUGUAGUAGUGGUUCAUUCUCUCUGUGCUUUCUGUCAUCCUGGUGUGUGCCGGGGACUGUCAGCUCGUCCUGUCUUAUCUCAGUCUGGCUGCAGAGUUGGGUAGAGGAUACCAAUUUCUGCUAGCUUUCUGCUUCACCUAGGCACCUCACAGCCAGCUUUCACUGGCACUCACAGGCUUUUUCUGGAAGGUUGUCUGCAGUUCACAGCUUUCUCCAUGAUAAAGAGGGUGCUCACACUGCUGGUACUCCUCCAUUCUGACAGUGAAGCUCUUGGUUUGGAAAUCUGUGGCACUGGUUGAAGUCUGUGUGCUUAUGCUACAGCCAGCCAGGCCUGGCCUGGCCCUUACCAGCUGCCACUGCUGGGCUGACCAAUCCCACCAACCUUCAGCAAAGCCUUAAGUUGGUAUUUUUAUCCUUCACUGAUCUUUUUCCAAACUGAUAGUGGUCAGUUUUUAAGUCCAUUUUUUAAAAUGGGUUAUUACUUUUUCUCCUUUCUAUUCAUUGGUACUGAACUCCUGUAUGUGAGAAGCUUGAAGAAUUCUGCAUUGUUGCAUGUUUUUUAACCUCAGUUUAUCCAUUUUGCUAAAAUUACUAUGCAUCUGUUGAGCCCAGCACACAACCCCAAUGUAUUCCCUCUCUUGGUUUGUGGAACAACUUUUAACUGAUGUCUUGCUGAGGGCUGAAUGGGAAGGGAAAAGGAGAGCAGAGAGCAGGGUUAGGAAGUGCUCAGGCAAGGUGCACCUUUGAGUUCAGACCAUGACUGUGACAACUGGAGAAUUCCAGCCUGCAACAGAGCUGUUGGGAAGACCUGCUUGCUGAUCAGUUACACCACAAAUGCCUUUCCUGGAGAAUACAUCCCCACCGUGUUUGAUAAUUACUCUGCCAAUGUGAUGGUAGAUGGAAAGCCAGUGAACCUGGGCCUGUGGGAUACAGCAGGGCAAGAAGACUAUGACCGACUGCGGCCUCUUUCCUAUCCACAGACGGAUGUUUUCUUGAUCUGCUUCUCCCUUGUGAGUCCGGCCUCCUUUGAGAAUGUCAGAGCUAAGUGGUACCCUGAGGUCCGACACCAUUGCCCAAAUACACCUAUUAUCCUGGUGGGCACCAAGCUGGACUUGAGGGAUGAUAAGGACACCAUUGAAAGGUUACGUGAUAAGAAACUGGCCCCCAUCACCUAUCCCCAAGGCUUGGCCAUGGCUCGGGAGAUCGGGUCGGUAAAGUACCUUGAAUGCUCUGCCCUGACACAGCGGGGCUUGAAGACGGUGUUUGAUGAAGCCAUCCGGGCUGUGCUCUGCCCACCGCCUGUGAAGAAGCCUGGCAAAAAGUGUACCAUGUUUUGAGGGCUGUGGCCUAGGUGUUGGCUCAGCAUGCUGUCAUCUUCUGACAGAUUGCAUAUUAAGCUGGGUGUUUCUGAAGGGGGCUGGGAUGUGUAGGGCCCUUCAUCAUGUACGAAGUCAGUGUUUUUUAAAUGUCUCUUUGAUUUAACGUCAGUGUUGAUGUGAAGGGGCAGUGGGGACAGGAGACCAGCUGGGGACUAUACAGCCCCCAGGGGAGGUACAGUGGGGAAGGCAAGGUAGCUCCUUCUGGCAACAAGCUGUUUUGGCUCUCCUGAACUCCAAGUGCAAAGGGCUGAGACAUCCAUCCUGUUCAGGAAACACCUAUUUUCAGCCUGCAGGUGAAACAGGUGGUGAACAUCCUGGUGGGAGUGGGGAGGGAGCUGAUUUCAAUAGUGCUGAAAGACAAGAAUAGCUGGGAGGGUGGUAGUCUCUCCUUAUCCAGCCUGCUGUGGCUAACAAUUAAAAAACUGAUGCUCUAGCAGAAUGUUCUUGAGACUGUUAAAGAAAUCAUAACCAGCCCUGGAAGGGGUCAAAGUAAAUGAGAAGCUGAAAAAUUAAUCAUUAGGUGCUUUAUUGGGUACUAGCCAAACUCUCUGAGUGAAACAGCUCUGUGCAAUCAAUGCAUUUGCCUUUUUGUGUGUGCACACCUUACAUGGUGCUGCUACCCCCCAUUAGUCUUUAGCAGGGCCUCCCCCCAAAAUCCAGUCUCUGCAGAGCAGGGCUGGGGUUGUUGCCUCUAUUUUUUUUUUUUUUUUCUACUAAAGACAACAAAGGAAGCAAUGAGGAGUCUGCUAACUUCUUUCCCUUCCCACUGAAAAUGCAGAGACUCUGGAUUUGGAUGGAACAGGGAGAGCUUCUGAAGGGUUGGGGGGGAACAGGGUUGGAAGAAAGGUCCAAUUUCUAAUCAUCAUGUAGAGUGACAAGAUAAAACCUUAUUUGGUGCAAUAAACAUUCUCCAUGAAGGUGUAUGUGA